AUAAGCAUGUAUAUGUAUAUGUAUAUUUGAGAAGUUUUCUUUCUCUAAUCAGUGUUCUUUCGGCGCUAUCGGAUAAACGAUCUCUUUACUAAAUUAUGCGUCAAGCAGUCAUAUUUUCGAUACUUGUGGCCAUUGCCGUGUGCAUUUUUCAUGCAUUUGUAAACGCAGAGAGUUGUACACUCGCCUCAGAUUGCAAAUCCACGGCAUGCAAUACUGGGUACCAUGUAGUAUGCGAACACAAAGAGACCGGAGUUGUUCAAGAUGCCGGCCUAUGUACCUGCGCAGUGGACAACUUAAAUUGCACAUCUAAAGAUGAUUGUCUGGCCUUGAACCUACCCAGCUACACGUGUAUCAGUGAUGAUCACAAACACUGUUAUGAUAACAAGUGCAUCUGUACUUGGUGGUGAACAUGAAACGCCCACUUAAAUACCGAUGCAACUUUAUGUUUUGCAUAUUCCGGCUUCUAAAUUAAUAAAGCAUCAAUUUAUUGUUU